CUUCUCUGUGUCUUGACCUCUGCUGGCUGCGGAUUUUCCUCGGGAUACUAGGCAUACGCAUAGAUCUUUGCUGUUGUUUGUCUCUGGGUUCUGGAAUUUCCGCUUUCUCUUAUGCUCCUUGCCCCUGUUUCGCGUUCUCGAAAGAUCAAGGCUGCCUGACCAGCCUCCGGGCUUAACUAUGUGGAACGACGAGGAUAACAACCCGUACGGCGCAUUCGAUAGCGAGGCUCGUCUAUCGGAAUCGUUGCAUUCGACUACAAUUAGUCCUCCUCUCUACAACCCCGAUUACCCUCCUCCACCGUCCAGCCAAUCCUCUAACCCCGAUACAUCGGACUACAUUUCGGGACCACAAGACUUCAGCGAGGAUGAGGCUGCACUGGACCAUGCGGAUCAGAGCGGUGCUGGGUACCUCCGCAGGAGUGUUUAUGACAGUCGCAUAGAACAGAUCCUUUAUGAGAACCCGGAGAUGCCGAUCCUUAUCACCGAUGCAGGCAAGAACCAUGAAGGCGGUGGGAGCUUCAUCGUCUAUACAAUACGGACUGGGGAUUUAGAAGUUCGGCGACGGUACUCGGAAUUUGCGUCGUUACGACAGACCCUCGUAAACCUCCACCCAACCCUUAUCAUCCCGCCUAUCCCCGAGAAGCAUUCAAUGGCAGACUAUGCCGCGAAGCCCACGAAAGCCAAAGAGGAUACUGCGAUAAUCGAUCUCCGCAAGCGAAUGCUCGCGGUAUUCUUGAACAGAUGUCGCCGAAUGAAGGAGGUCCGCGAGGAUGGAGUUUGGUGGAGAUUCCUGGACCCUAACGUUAGCUGGAGCGAGGUUCUGCAUUCCCAUCCGGCUUCGUCAGUGCCGAAGAACAAUCUCAAGGCACCCCCGCUCGACCCUGCAAACCCUACUCCCGCUCAUGCCUGGCUACCGGUCCCAUCGACCUCCGCAAAGUUGAAAAACACCCCGGGUUCUGCAGCAACAACAACAACAACAACUACUACUACUACUACUACUACAACGACUAGUACAACUACAUCCCCGAUUGCGGAGACCCCCGGUCCGGAGAUUCUUGGCCGUUUCCCGCCUGAAUCGCGAAAGAUGAGCGAAAAGGACCUAGAUCCCUACUUCAUCAACUUUGAGGCCUCUACGAGGGAGCUCGAGCUCCUUCUACAAGGAAAUAUGGAGAAAGUAAAUCGGCGCACGCUGUCGCAUUUGUCUUCGCUCUCCGCAGAUUUGAUGGAACUGGGGGCGCGCUAUAAUGGGUUCUCACUAUCGGAACAAUCUCCGACGGUUGCUACUGCCAUUGAGCGGAUUGGACAGGCAGCCGAUACAUCUUACAUUGAAACGGAAGAGCUGUCGUCUGCUCUGAGCGCAAACUUCGCGGAACCGAUGAGAGAGAGCGCUCAAUUUGCGAGCGUCGUCCGCAGUGUCUUACGGUAUCGUGUCCUCAAAAGGGUGCAGGAGGAUAUGACAAGAGAGGAGCUAGUGAAGAAGAAAACUCUCCUGGAUUCUUUGGAACGAAGUGAGAUGGAGGCCAAGCGCAUCGAACAGUAUCUUAACCGCACCUCACCCCACACAGGGGCAACAAAACCCCAACGGUCCUUGUCUACCUCGUCAACAUCCAGCACCCAGGCUGGCUCUGAAGGAGAAUCACGUCCUAGUGGCGAGGAGACCGCGUCGAUUGACUCGGAUUUCCCGCCGACCCACGGAGAGUCCCACCCCGCAAUCUCACCACAGCGGUGGCCUGAGUCGGGGCAAAUGUCUCCUCCCGCGCACCGGAAGACCUCGAGCGGAACUUUUGUGGCAAACAAAAUUUUCGGUCGGAUUAGCCAUGCUGUUCACGGAUUCGUCGAUGUUGACCCCGAACGUACCCGACGGGAUCAGCUCGGGAGAACUAAAGAAAGCUUGGUUCAAUUGGAGCAAGCUCUACAAGUAUCCGAAAAGGAUGUCAAAGAUGCCAGCACGGGGAUUUUACAGGAUCUGAAACGCUUCCAGAAAGACAAGGAAGCAGAUCUUCGACGAUACAUGGUUGCCUAUGCCCGAUGCCAUCUUGACUGGGCACGCAAAAACCUCGAGACGUGGACUGAAGCCAAGGACGAGGUGGAUAAGAUCGUGGCUCGGUAGUUUUGCCUGCAGUUUCGUGUUUUUUUUCCCGGGGACGGCGACCUAGAGAUCUAAUCUGAAUUUGGGCGUUGGUGGAAUGCUCCUG